AUGUGUUUAGAAAGCUUAUCCGAAUUGAUAGCUAUUUCAGUUUUUGAUAAGAGAAAAGGCAAAUCCAUUCAUAGUUGGAUCAAUUUGCUAAUACCAGAACUUUCAAUAAGCAUAAAUGACGAUUUGCCAAAAACAAUUUGUUAUAUUUGUCUUCAAACUGUUUUAAAUGCUUGUGAACUUCGAUCAAGAAGUAUAAAAAACGAAAAGCUUCUACAAAGCCAAUUACUUUCCAACGUACAGAUUAAAAGUGAAAUUUCUGAGUAUGUAAAAUCUGAAAUUUGCAUAAAAACAGAAUCUGAAGAAAACUAUUUUGAAAAGGAUACAAAUGAUGAUUCCAACAUUUGGUUUGUUGAAGAUCAGUUUAGGUCAGAUAACAGUGAAACUACCAACAUAAAUAAAAGCACCAAAACCAGAGUCAAGCUCAACAAAGCAUCAACUAAUGCUUUAAGAAAGUUUAAUUUGAAUCCAAAUGUUUGGCCUAAAACAAUCUUUCAUUGUGAUAUUUGUGAAAAUCAUGGAGAAUAUAGAAUCCUCGACAAAAAAUCUAAAUUGAUAAGGCAUAUGAAAUCGCAUAUCAGAGGAACUGUUCGAUUUGGUUUAAACAACGCGGAAAUUUAUCAAAAUCGGCAAUUAGCAAAGCAAAAAAUUGCAAAUGCAUAUUCUAAUUUAGCGUAUGACAAAAAGCUUAAACAAUGUAAAGUAUGUGGAUUCAGGGAAAGUACUCUUCGGUUAUUAAAUCUCCACACUUACAUCCAUUGUGAUUACGUUGAAGAACAUCAGGAACCAGAUCAAAGAUUUACUUGCAUUGCGUGCACUUUUGAAACUUUCGAUGAAAAUGACUUGAAACUUCAUGUUUUAUCGCAUCAAUUUGAUUUUGAUUCAAAUACAAAACUUAUUAUGUGCACUAAAUGUACUUACACCUUUGAUAGUUACGCUGGCAUUGAGAAACAUUCGAGUCAACAUAACGAGAGAAUCACCCAUCGAUGUCUCAAAUGUGGAAGCAAAUUUGCGUAUGGAAUGAAACUUUUGCGUCACUUGAAAAAUCACGAGACAACUUACUUUUGUGAUUUGUGUGAUUACACUGCAAUAGCGAAAACUAAGAUUACAAAGCAUUUAGCAGCAACUCACAUGAAACAAUAUUCUUUAUGUCCAAUAUGUGGGAAAAUCUUGAAGAACGCUGAUGGUCUGCAAUAUCACAUGAAAACCCAUGAAAUUAAAAAGAAGUUUAAAUGUUUGUUUUGUCCUAAGGAAUUUAGAUUAGCUCGGCAUUACCGCGAUCAUCAAGGAGUUCACACAAAAGAAGCUACUUAUCAAUGUUUAUUAUGCCCGAAGAAAUUUAAAACAUUUGCGAGAUUGACUUAUCAUCAACGUUUUCAUGAUCCUGAGAAAAUCAGAUUGCAAAGGGAAAAGCAUCGCUGUGUUACUUGUGGGAAAACAUUUUUAACAAGCAGCGCCUUGAAACGUCACACAGUCACUCAUACUGGACUUCGACCUUGGAUUUGCACCAUUGAAGGAUGCGAUCGAUCAUUUACUCAAAGUUGUGACUUAAAAAAGCACAUGAGAGGUCACGUUGGAGAAAAUGUUUAUAAAUGCGAACAUUUUGGUUGCAAUCAAGCAUUCAAAUAUCAAGCAGAACUUCGGUUGCAUGAAAGUGUUCAUUAUGUAAAUCAAAAAGGACGCUCAAUUACUUAUUUGAUCAGAGUUAUAAUUCCAGAAUUAAACAUUAGUGAAAAUGAUUGUUUAUCAAAAAAGAUUUGUCAUGUUUGUCUCAAUACUAUAUUUAAUGCAUGUGAACUUCGUGACGAAAGUAUCGAGAAUGAUGAUCGAAUGAGACGACAAAUGACUGAAGAUAUUUUUGUCAAGGUUGAACCUGAAACUGAACCAUUUGUAAAAAUUAAAGAGGAAGAUGACAAUGACGAUGACAUGGAAUUGUCUUAUGGAGAAGCUUUCCCAUUAGAAUUGAAAGCAGAAGAAAUAUCAUCUUCAGAUGAUGAUGAACAAUCGAAGAAAUCAGCCAAAACAAGAAAUCCAAGAUCAAAAUGUAGGGAACGAAAAUCUUUCUUAUCUUGCGAAGCUUGUGAAGCAACUUGCGGAAGAAUCAAAAUAUUCAAAAGCAGAUCAGCUCUUGACCAACAUAUGAAGUAUCACUUUGAAGGAUCAUUUACAAGUAAACCAAGGAUCAUUCCAGAGAGAGAAAUUAACGAUUUUUAUGAGAUGAGACAGAAAAAACCAGUGAAACCACUGCCAUGGCUUAAAUGCACAAAAUGUCCUGCCAGAUUCAAAAAGCACAGUUGGUUGGAUCGACAUAUGGAGCAACACGGUGAUGAAGAAGAUAAAAAGUGCAAAAAAUGUGACCUUCAAUUCGCAAAUUUCAAGGAAUUGCGACUUCACAGCUAUUUUCACUGCGAUUAUGUUGAAGAAUAUCAUGAAAUUGGACCACACUACUUUGAAUGUUCACUUUGCGCUUUUCGAUCGCUUAUUGAAGAUGAAUUAAAGAAUCAUCUCUUCUCUCAUGAAUCUGAAUUUAAUAAUACUAAAGUUAUCGUUUGCAUUAAGUGCAGUUAUACGAUUAACGAUUUUAGAACUUUGGAACUUCAUUCAAGCAUUCAUAAUGAAAUUCUAACUCAUCGAUGUGUCAAAUGUGGAAAGAAAUUUGCGUACGGAGACAAACUUCUUCGUCAUCUUAAAAGAUAUAAAUAUUGCUACACAUGUGAUUUAUGUGGACAUUUAGAACGGUUAAAAGGAAGCAUGGAAGAUCAUAUGUGCGUUGUUCAUAAGAAGGAUUUAACAUUCUUAUGUCCAUUCUGUGGCAUCACUGAAAAAAGUAAUGAGGGCUUAAAAUGUCAUAUCAAACGAAAUCAUGAAGUCAACAAGAAAUUUCAAUGCUCGUUCUGUCCAAAGUCGUUUCGAACGCCGAUUCACUAUCGAAAUCAUCAAAGUGUACACAUUAAAGAAGCUACAUUCCAAUGUCUUAAAUGUCCGAAGAAAUUUAAGACUCAUGCCAGACUUCAACAUCACCAACUUUAUCAUGAUCCUGCAAGAAUCGAAGAAUUAAAACAAAGAUUCCCUUGUGAAAUUUGUGGUCGAAGAUUCCCUAGAAAAUAUGCAUUGGAUCGUCACAUGUUAACACAUACAGGAAUUCGACCAUGGGUUUGCACUAUUGAAGGAUGCGACCGUUCAUUCACACAAAGUAAUGAUUUAACUAAGCACAUCAGGACUCAUGUUGGAGAAAAUUCAUACAGAUGCGAAUAUCCUGGUUGCACGCAAGGAUUUAAAUUGAAAGCAGAUCUACGAUAUCACGAAAAUCUAGUCAUCGGAAACACCAAUAAAAAAUUGCCAAAUGUUAAUUUUGAACUUCCAGUUGAAGAUGAUGAGUUCCUUAAAGAAGGCUUAUCACUCAUUGAUUCAGCACGAGGUAAUCUCGACAUGUGCACCCAUCGCGUUGUUGCCUCCUUAAAAAAGAAUUGCAAUCAGUUGAGUUCGGAAGAAGUCGGCAAAAUUUCCGUUAUGAUGCUCAACUGUCAGCUGAGUAUUGAAGGACGAAAAAUUUAUCCAUGUACACCUGAAAUGACACUUCAACAAUGCACAAUCGGAAUGGAUUCUGACAUUUACCAAAUCUACAACUUUAUGAAACAUCGUGCUGUUGGAAUUUGUUCAGCAUUCAAACAAGGACAAUUUAAAGCAAUGACAGAAAUGACAGUAAAUCGACUAAUGGAGGCAGCAAAGUCACAAUUGUCAGUAAUGCAAGAAGCCAUUAAAAAUCAGAAAAUAAUUUCUGAACUGAGUGUAGAGACCAUGAAAGAAUUCGUGGAAAAUGACGAAAAAAUUAAAGAAUCGCAAGUUCAAAGCAUUGACAAGUUGAGAGAAGCUGGAAAUCUUAUUGAAGAUAAUAUCCAAACACUGCAACAUGAGUUGGAAUUGCGACACAAAUCAGAAGAGAAAUUAAUUGAAAUUGAUAAGUCAACAGACGAGAUUUCAUCGAAACUCAUUCAACACACAUCGCAACUUCAUGAAGGUCACAAUAAAUUACUUAAAGAAGUUGAUGUCAUCGCUGAAAAUCUCCACAAACGGAAUCAAGAAUUAUUAAGUCAAUAUAAUCAAACUUUCAAAUUUUUAAACAGCUUCAAAACAAUCAUGUUCGUGUUGUCAACUUUCAAUGACAUUGGAUUGGAAAUUACUGAAGAAUUUAUCGCCUUUAUGUGCAUUAAUCUGAUUUAUUUUACUUGUGGAAUGAUUUUUCUAAUGUUUAUCGAUGCUCAAACAAGAUCAAAGCUUGUUCUAAUGAGUUUAUUCGGACUAAAUGCCAUCGCUGCAUACACAAAAUCAAAACUCGCUUUACUUCCUUUGAACAUUCUCCUUUGGAUGCUUUAUUUAACAUUGAAAAUUUUAGCAGCUUUAACACGUCGAAUCCGUAAACUCAACCUUUUUAAUCUUCGAUUCAAAUCAAAGCCACAGCAACAAAAAGAAAAGGAAUCUGAUGAUGAAUCUGAUGACGAAAUUGUCCAAGCCUUCUUGUCAGAAGAGUCGAAACUUUCAGCUGCUGUUUGUCCUCCUAAAAAGCUGAAAACAAAACCAAUCCCUGAUAUUGAUGAUUCUAACAUUCAACACCCUUCAACAUUGAACAAAACAGCUCCUCCAGUUCUCAUCAAUCGUCCAGUGACUCCAGCAAUGAGACGAGUCAUGAAUGAAAGCUUCGUAGCAACACCACAAAGUCGAUCGGCAACGCCAUUUUUUGUUGACAUGAUCGACAGAAAACAAUGCACAGCAUUAACUAAUAAAGGUUUGCAGUGUCGAAACGCUGCUGAACUUGGAUUCCUAAAAUGCCGUGUUCAUAACUAUUAAAAACUUGAAAGAUAUUGACGUUAUCUUAAUUAAAUUUUCUUCUAUUUCUCAUUAUAAAUUAAUUAUCAACAAGGACUGAAUAGAAUUUAAGUGAAGUUUGACCAAACAUGUUAAAUAUUAACUCAUUGAUGAAAAGAAAUAAAAAUAUU